CCGGGAAAUGUAGUUUAAAGCUCUUUUGGGGCUUUCCUGAGGCCUUCCUGAGGCAGAUGGAGCCUCCGGAGCGGGUGAAGGGCAGUCGAGGGCGGGAUGUUGUCGCUGGGGCUGCUGUGGAGGGCGCUGGCGGGCGGAGGCCAUGAGGAGAAGAGGAAGGAGAAGGAGGACAAGGAGAAGCCCCUGCGGAGCCGGGCCAGGGCCAUGGAGCAGGAGCGGGCACUCGAAGUCUACGAUAUAAUUCGAACCAUCCGGGACCCUGAAAAGCCUAACACUUUAGAAGAACUAGACGUGGUGACAGAAAGCUGCGUUGAAGUACAUGAAACCAGCGAAGAUGAAUAUUUAGUUACUAUCAGGUUUACGCCAACUGUACCUCAUUGCUCUUUGGCCACUCUCAUUGGGCUGUGUUUGAGGAUCAAGCUUCAGAGAUGUUUACCUUUUAAACACAAGCUAGAAAUCUUCAUAUCUGAGGGAGCACAUUCCAUCGAGGAGGACAUCAACAAGCAAAUUAAUGAUAAGGAGAGAGUGGCAGCUGCCAUGGAGAACCCCAACCUGCGGGAGAUUGUGGAACAGUGCGUCCUGGAACCGGACUAGCUCCCAUGAUGGCCACUGACAAGGGACUUUGCUGGCACAUGGGUGUUAAUAUCUUUGUAAAAAAAAAAGAUGGAGGCCUUGGAUUUAAUAUUGGAGAGUACUUUUUACCUCUGCAUAUUUUUAAAGAAUCAUUUUAUAAAAAACCAUUUUAAUUAUAAGAGAGAGCGAGAGAGCAGUGUGUUGCUCAAUCUUAAGUGAACUGCAAAUGAUUGUGGGAAAUUCACAGUCCUUACUGAAAAUCGAUCUGUUGUCGCCUCAUGUAUAUAGGCAUCGCUGUUUUAAAAACUUGAUUGUGAGUUAAUUUUUCCUCUUGUGGGAUGUAUUUGGACAGCAGCAAUGUGAAAGAUGAAUAAAAUACUGAUUUCCUCAAA